AUGAGCUCUCAAGCCGAGACUGGUCUUACCCUAGCCGGCCGGUACUUGGUGCCAUUCUUCCUGCUGUCCUUUUUGUUAUGGAGGAAGCUAGUGAACGAUAAUGUGCAAGAGCCGUAUCUUGACGAAGUCUUCCAUGUUGGUCAGGCUCAAACCUACUGGAGACAUGAUUGGUUUAAUUGGGACCCUAAAAUAACCACGCCACCAGGACUAUAUCUAUGGUCUUACCUUGAUUGCACUGUUCGCUCAUUACUGAAAGGAUCUUCCGAGGAGGUCAAUGUUGUUGACUUGCGGUCUACGAAUUCUAUUGCUGCCGCUAUCCUUCUACCAUGGCGCCUUCAGACGCUGUUGGAUCUACUCAGAAAAGAGCAAAAUACUCGAGCAGCUGGAGCUUGGCUUAGCCAUACUGUUUUGAAUAUAUGCUUAUUCCCUCCGCUGUUUUUCUUUUCUGGGCUGUAUUAUACCGAUAUUCUUGCUCUCAUUGUCGUGAUUCAGGCAUAUAUCUGGGAUACAAAAAGAUCAGAUGCGAACGGCCAGAAAAAGACGGCAGUUGAUGCUUUACGUGGUCAUGUGUCAUUUAAGACUUUGGCUUUCGUUGCAACUGGAUGCAUAGCUCUUGUAUUCAGACAGACGAAUAUAUUCUGGGUUUCUGUGUUUAUGGGCGGCUUACAGGCCGUUCGCACUAUUCGGCAAAAUACAAAGUCAUGCGGGUAUACUGGACCACUUGAGAUUAUGUUAAAGAGCUUCCAGGCCGAGCUAUAUGAUCCACUUGUGGAAGAAGCAAGCUUUGCUGACUACUUCAAGACCGGACUGUCGUUAGGAUGCGCUGCGCUGAGCGAAUUGCCUCUCGUGGUAGCAUCGAUUAUCCCUCACCUCAUUGUACUAGGCGCCUUUGGUGCCUUUGUAUUAUGGAAUGGUAGCGUUGUAUUGGGACAUAAAGAGUUCCACACAGCCGGUAUUCAUUUACCUCAGAUGCUAUACAUCUGGCCAUACUUUGUUUUCUUUUCAUUUCCCCUCAUCUCAAUAGGCGUCCUGAAUGCCGUUGUUCCUCGACGCUUCAUUCCCAAAUAUCUCGACUAUAAUUUGAGCAAUGCUCACAGACUUCCGUCAAUACUUACUGCGCUGGCUGUCAUACCUUUGAUGCUCGCAGCCGUACAUUUCAACACCAUUGUGCACCCUUUCACAUUGGCCGAUAACCGACACUAUGUUUUCUAUAUCUUUCGACUUCUGACUAGGGUCUAUCCUACUGUCAAAUACGUAGUGGUUCCGGUUUACUUUCUGUGUGCAUGGGCUGUCCUUACUGCGUUUGGCAUCUUCUCGCCUGCAGCACCGAAGCCCCCGCCAAUUCAAAUUGCGACUCCACAAGAGGCGUUCCCUUCAUAUCCCGAGACCCAAAAGCCAAGCAAAAGGCAAGAAAAGGAAGCGAAGAAACAACAAAAGAAGCAAGCAACAAAAUCCAAUGCCAAAAAACAACUAUCUUCCCCUGCUGCUGCCAAAUCGAAACAAGACCAACAAACUCAAGUCCUCACUCCAGAAAUCCUGGCCAAGAUUCAAGCACAUGUUGCGAUACGCCAACAACAGCGUGAAAACCAACAAGUUCGCGUCAGUUUCGUGCUUAUCUGGCUCAUUGCAACUGCCCUUUCACUCAUUACUGCACCCCUCGUUGAGCCGAGAUAUUUCAUUAUUCCCUGGGUGAUAUGGAGAAUACAUCUUCCCCGUCAACCGACUCCAGAGGUAUUUAAGAGGGAGCGGCAAUCGAGCUUUAAGGCGCAGAUUUUCACUGCGUUGCCUGAAAUUAUGGAGACCGUUUGGUUUCUGAUAAUCAAUGCCGUGACUGGGUAUGUCUUUUUGUAUAAGGGAUUUGAAUGGCCACAGGAGCCUGGGAAGGUCCAGAGAUUCUUGUGGUAA